AUGACGCAGCUGCCGCUGUUCCACGCGGACCCCCGCUGCAUCAUCUGCCACCGCUUCUGCAGACACCAGGGAGCGGCGCCGGCGCCGGCGUCUGUUGCCCCCGUGCCACGUGAUCGCGGCUUCCGGUGUCCAGGGCCGCGGGAAUUAGCCGCCUCUGGUUACUGCGGACUGCCUGCCCCCGCCCCCGCCCCCGCCCCUGCCUCCGGGGACGCCAGCGACUGGCGAGCGGCUUCGCGGCAUCCCUUCGUGCUCUGCAGUGAGGCGGGCAGUAUCACGCGGCCGUUAGGGGCGGCGCCGCGCGGGUUGUUAACGCGGCUGCAGGUGCCAUUACGGCAGGGCGAGUUACGGCGGACUGCCGACGCCACGCCCCGUAAAGCAGCGCCCGCGGCCGAGAGUGAGUGUCGCUGCUCGGCACCGCAACGUGCUUCUCUUCCUUUGUUUGGCUUCAACAAGACUGGCCAGAGCAGCGUGCCAGUCGGGAGGAAGCUCUGCAGCUCCGUUUCCCGUUCCGGCCGCCCUUCGCCCUUAUCUGCGCCCCGGCCGGUGGUAACUGCGCCGCCCUUUGACCCGCCAGCGGACGGCCCGGCCCGGCCCGGCCUGUCCCCGCGGAAGGACAUUGACGGCCACAAUGGGACGGAGCCAUUGUCUGCCGCAUUAAUUCCCGCGAAACAAAGAGCGCCCGCCAGCGCCGCGGACUGGCGUUUAAUAAUUCAUGCGGCCGUGGCUGCCGCCGCAGCGGCAGCGGGGGCGUGCUGGACACGGCCGCUGGAGGCUGCACUGGAAGCUGGCCGCCUUCUUAAUUAA